AUGAAUACGAAUCUAGACGCGAUACUUGACGCGAAUAUGUAUGCGAACAUGGACGCGAAUACGGACUCGUACAUGGACGCGAACCUGGACUCGAAUUUGGGCGCGAAAAUGGAGUCGAACAUGGACGCAAAUAUGGUCGCGAACAUUGACUCGAACAUGGACUCCAGGAUGAACGCAACCAUCGAUACAAACAAGGACUCGGAUAUGAAUGCGAACAUCGAUGAGAACAUGGAGGCGAACGCGGACGCGAACAUGGACGCGAAUCUGGACGCGAACAUGGUUGCAAACCUGGACGCGAACAUGGGCUCUAAAAAGGACGCGAAAAUUGACGCAAACAUGAAUGCGAAUCUAAUCGCUAAACUUGACAUGAACAGGUAA